AUUGGUUCCUAAUUCUGCGACAGUGCCGCUAUGACUUUAUCGAGACGCUGUUGAGGGUGAAGAGCCCUGCGGUCGUUUUUUUUUUUCUUUGACCCGACAUAACAAGGGCACAUUUAGUGCGCCGCAGGGUGGGAUACGCAAGUCCUGCGAGGCAGUUGCUUUCCAGCGCUUUUGGUUGAUGCGUUUCGUUUUCGGCGUCGCUGACGGUUGCCCUGGUGUCUUUGAGCGCGCUCCUCGGUUGUCGUGUGCAGUAGAAGGCGCGCGCAGGGCUACGCGACGCGCCUGCCCGAGGAUGCCGAAGGUCUAGCGAGGCUGACGAAUGCCAGACUUGUCUGGACACAGGGACCCCCGGGCCCCUCACAGGCGUUGAGACGCCAGGUUUUCACGGCCUUCGCAUUACACCAUGGGAGCGACAUCGCACUAAAGAAGCACCUUGAACAGUCGAGGCUCCCUCGAAGCACAAAGUCCACACGAAUUUUGAGCCAAAAUGAGAAUUUUAACCAUCUUGUUGAAAAAUUGCACCUUGGGAAAGCAAGUGGAUUACUAUUCACGGUUUUCACCUUCGCCACUCUCGAUAAAACAGUUUUUGGAUUUUGGAUCCGAGAAUGCUUGUGAAAGGACAUCUUUCAUGUUUCUCAGACAAGAGCUUCCUGUCAGACUGGCAAACAUCAUGAAGGAAAUCAAUUUGCUUCCGGAUAACCUGCUAAAGACUCCAUCGGUCAGACUGGUUCAGAGCUGGUACAUGCAAAGCCUGCAAGAAAUCCUUGAUUUUAAAGAUAAAAGUGGAGAAGAUGAAAAAGUAAUCUAUGAUGAACUGCUGAUACAAUUUCCAUGCUUUCUCACGGAUGAUGUUACCGACCAAGGGGAUGUUGUUCUUCCUGCAGUCGUGGUUGAUAUGGAACUCGAGCAGCCUCCACAGCAAGCCCAUAAUCACAGUUACAAUAACACUGGCACAGUCGACAUGUCAAAUUUAAGGUGGUGCCAUGCUGGUUUUGGUUAUGGCUUACCCAUCUCUCGGUUAUAUGCAAGAUAUUUCCAAGGGGACCUCAAGCUGUACUCUUUGGAGGGCUACGGCACCGAUGCUGUCAUUUAUAUAAAGGCUUUGUCAACUGAAUCAAUAGAACGGCUCCCUGUCUACAAUAAAUCAGCUUGGAGACAUUACAAGACGAGCCACGAAGCAGAUGACUGGUGUAUUCCUAGUAAAGAGCCGAAGGACAUGACCACCUUCCGGAGUUUCUAACGUGGAAGUCCUUAACUCAGAGUGAUCACCAACACCAAAUGGUGGUUUGAAAAGCUGGAUGCGAGAUUCGUGAGAUAACUGAAUUGUUCAUUUACAUCACAAGAAUAUUCUGUUUUCACCAUCCAUACCAGCUAGGACGUUAGCCUGGGACUUAGCAAACUGAAGCUCUCGGCUUGUGUGGUAACACAACUUGUUGGUGGGAGCGAUGCAAUAUCUACUGCAGCAUUUCAGGAAGUGGAAUAUGAACAGCGCUAGAUGGCCUCUUCUGUGGACGAGCAUUGCUUUGGAAGUCCCACGCUCCACGUAUUUAUUAAAUACCUCACGUGCUUGAGCAUACCCUCUCACAAGUUGUAUUCAAAUGCAGAUCACUGAAGUUCCUGAUAUUCCCAAAUUAAUUGGCAGACAAUUUUUCCAAAAGUAGACAAAAGGACUGCAGAACUCAAAUGGGAGGCGGUAAGUCAAGAUUGAAUUCAAAGUGCCAAACUACUUUGGACAGUGGAACGUCUUUUAAAUUCAGUAAUCGCUCACCACACGCACAUCCAACCCAGUCCACCACUGACGGAUUAGCAGGAGGAAGCACAUUAAGCACACAAAUCAGUGGCCGCUCCGUGGCCACGUAGGCUUUCGCUGUACUCCCAACUAGAUGUGUUUUACUGUGGUGUUGUCGUCAUUAUGCUGUGCUUCAAAAUACUCAAUAAUGUUGACGCUUUAAAUCAGGUCCUGGUUUGCAAACCUAUUUUUUUUUUCCACUUUAUUUUUUUUAAUCCUGCUAAAGCAGGAUGUGCCCCCCUCACCCGCAAAAAUAAAUUCUGUAAUUCCAUCUACAGAUUUUGCUAAAACCACUUAAUCCAGUUUUGGGGUGCAGGGGGGCUGACCAAUGUGAACAAAUGGAUGAUCUCACUGCCUUUUUUUCCUUUUUAAGUAUUACUGGAUGAUAUUCAUUAGUUGGACACUAAUUUGAAAAUAGAACUUUUCUGUAUUCUUCAUGUGUUUAAUGAAAUGUUUACCAAUAAAUAUUUUGUUCUGUUGCUGA